AUGGUUUUGUUGUCUAAUCUUUUUUUUAGGUCCCACACUGGUUCUUAUGUGAAUCAAGAAAUUUUAGAGUUUGUUGGAUCGUUUGAUGAUGCCGUGAAAUUUAACUGGUGCAAGUUGGUUGUGAAAGGGUUGAGAGACGCGUCAACAGCUUGGCUACAAGAUCCAAUAGAACAGUAUUACACAGGAUCAUUGGUGUUCUUGAUUUAUUUCUAUCUUGAGAAAGUAGAAAAUGAUCUCAUAAAAGCUGAGAAGACAAGACCUUCAUUUAUAGGAUGGAAAAAUUCUAUAAUAUUGCAAAGAGAAGCCACUGAAGAUGUGGAUAAUUCUUUUGGCCAAGGAAUUAUUAAGGCGGAUUGUGAGGAAUUAGACAAUUCUCAGGAUGAUGGUGGUACUAAAAAUAUUGGGGAGCAAGAAACUGAGCAAGUUGAAGAUUUGAAGGGUCAGUGCAAAGAAAAAGUAGAAGCAGAUAGAAACAAAACAUCUACGUCCAACAGUAUGCCUGCUUCCCUUCUGCCAUCUGGUGGUUUUUCAAUUGAAAUUGGAGGUGAUGUAAGGACGACAUUAGGAAAAAAUUCAAUUCCACACCAACAAGCAUUGGUUCCUCCGGAUGUUAAAGUCUCAACAAAAACUACAACUACAACUGCAGGAGUUGAACACGUUCUUAGUCGGGAUGAUAAAAAGACCACUGAAAUGAGUUUGGUAACAAGUCAGCACUUUCAUACCCCAAUGGAAACAAUUAAAGGAGUUGAUGAUUUAUUUCAAAUGGGUAGCACUAACCAAACAGUAGACAUAGCAAUCAUGUCGGUUGCUAGAGACAUAAGUGCUGAUUACGUUGAUGAAGAUUUUAUAAAGGAAUAUGAAACAAUGCAACUGAUCAAAGAAGAACUUAAGCAAAUGGAAACUUUGAAAACAUCCUGCUGUAACAAUUUAAAAAUUGCACGGGCAUUAUUCCCUUCCAAUUCAGAAUUGGAGAAACUUGAAGAGCAAUUUGAGAGGUUGCAUCAAUUUUCUGGCAUCAAAAAACCACCAGCAACCGUGGAUAAAAGUUGUGAACGCAAUGAUUUGGAAAAUGCAAAAUCUAACAUAAAUCAAAUGAAUGUUGGACAAAGGCCAAGGAGGGAAAUGAAAAUAGGUGAAUUUCAGAAAUCACCGUUUCGUCAGCGAACCAUUGACAUUGACAAGUUAAAGUUGUCAAAAGUGGAGGAAGACACUUGGUGUUGGCUUAAUGCAAACAGUUUUUUGCCACUUCAACAAAUUUUCUCUUGGAAUGGACAUUAUAUAUGUUUGAAGCAACAAUUUCAAUCAUUGCGUGAUGGCUGUCAAAUAUAUACUGCUGUUGUGGAUACUUUCACCUGUGUCUUGAAUGAUGAUGAGAGGUUCAGAUCACUUGAUUCUCCGAGGAGAUUUUUUUGCAAUACAUACACAACGCUUAACACAAUGACCAGAACAAACGAAAUCAACCCUCCUCAUAAUGAAAAAGAUCAUGAUUGCUUAAGUUCGAGUGAAAUGAAGUACAAGAGGUUUUGUUCAAAUUUUAAUGAAGUACUUGCUCAAUUUUCUGUGAGCAUCAGCAAUGUUGAUCUGGUCUUCUUCCCCAUCCAUUAUAUCAACCAUUUCUAUGUGGUGUGCUUCGAUUUAAAAAACCCUGCAAUUGAGAUUUUGGACAACAAUUGUUUAGGAGAUUCAAUUACAAGCAUUUAUGAUGGUUACCCGCAAAGCUUGAAAGAGAAUUUUGUCAAAUACAUGAUGAAUGUUAGUGAGGUGAAAGCUAGACAUUUGUUGAAUGUUGAAAUCACACGACUUCAGAUGAAAUGGCGCACGACAAACAAUUCUAUUGAUUGUGGAAUCUUUGCUAUGCGCCACAUGGAGACCUAUAAAGGGAAUGGAGUCCGUAGCUGGGAUUCAAAAUUCGCUCCUGAAACUCAAAAGCAAAUUCAAGCGAGACAGAUACACAAGGCCAGACAACUCUAUGCUCACAAAAUCAUUUCAUCAACUGCUAACUCCUUGCGAAAUCAGAUGCAGCUAGACAUUAAUUGCACUUUAGCAAGAAAUUAACAAGUAAAUAUCAGUGAUAAAUUUGUAUAAAGCUGGUGGAGGACUGGAGGUCAUAACAGAAGUGAUACAACUUUGUUCCUUUUGGAGUAAAUUCUGGAAAUGAUGCAGCUAGACAUUAAUUGCACUUUAGCAAGAAAUUAACAAGUAAAUAUCAAUGAUAAAUUUGUAUAAAGCUGGUGGAGGACUGGAGGUCAUAACAGAAGUGAUACAACUUUGUUCCUUUUGGAGUAAAUUCUGGAAAUGAUUCUACUUAUGGUAAUUACAUAUAAUAUUACUUAUGGUAAAUGAUAUUUUUGGAGUAAAUUCUGUAAAUGAUUCUACUUAUGGCAAUUACAUAUAAAAUUUCUUAAUAUGA